UGAUUUCCAGUUUUCCCACUCCAGAAAACAAAUAUGACCCUUCUUUCAGUUUAACGGUCAACCCUAAUUGCUGUUGAAGCCUCGCUUGGAGAAAUUGCAGAGAAUAUCACCUUACAGGAGCCAAGAGGAUAGACGAAAACUAAUCAAAGCCCAUUUCGAACUUUCAAUUUUGGGGGCCUUCACCAUAAAAAAAAGCCCUUUUCAAUUGAACUUUUCCUUCUGUUUUUUCUUUUCCCUUUUUUUUUCCCAGAUAAUUCCACCCUUUUUCUUCUUUCUCCAGAAAAUUCGCGCUUUUUACUUGAUAAAAUUUGGAUCAGCGUCACUAGUUUGGAUCCUGCCUUUAUCUUGGCUCGAAAUUGUUUUUCGAGUUACGAUGAAAUCGAGGCUUUUCAAUUUUUGGUUUUUGUUGAUUCUGCUGGCCUGGAUUCGAUCUCCCAGUCCUGUUCGAGCUUCAGGAUCUGAGGCUUACGUGACUCUUCUCUACGGCGAUGAGUUUCUGCUCGGUGUUCGUGUUCUCGGAAAAUCGAUCCGUGACACCGGAUCGACCAAGGACAUGGUUGUUCUUGUUUCUGAUGGCGUUUCGGAUUAUGCUAAGAAGCUCCUCCAGGCUGAUGGUUGGAUUGUGGAGCUUAUUAGUUUACUGGCAAACCCUAAUCAAGUGCGGCCAAAGAGAUUUUGGGGUGUCUACACAAAGCUAAAAAUAUUUAACAUGACCAACUACAAGAAAGUUGUAUAUCUUGAUGCUGAUACUAUUGUUGUUAAAAGUAUUGAGGAUCUCUUUAAAUGCGGGAAAUUCUGUGCUAAUUUGAAGCAUUCUGAGAGGCUGAAUUCAGGGGUCAUGGUAGUGGAACCGUCUGAAACAGUCUUCAAUGAUAUGAUGAGCAAAGUUAAGACUUUGCCGUCUUACACUGGAGGAGAUCAGGGCUUUCUGAAUUCAUACUACACUGGAUUUGCCAGUGCACAUGUUUUUGACCCAGAUUUAUCACCUGAAGAGCGGAAUGCUAGACCAGUUCCGAAAAUGGAACGGCUGUCCACGCUAUACAAUGCUGAUGUUGGUCUUUACAUGCUUGCUAACAAGUGGAUGGUAGAUGAAGAAAAACUCCGUGUUAUUCACUACACACUUGGCCCCCUUAAACCAUGGGAUUGGUGGACGUCUUGGCUUCUAAAACCUGUUGAUGUCUGGCAGAAUGUCAGGGAACAGCUUGAGGGAUCUCUUCCUGGAACUGAAGGGGGCAGAAAUCCUAAUGAUACAAUUCUAGUCAAAUUUCUUUUCCUGAUUCCAUUGCUUGCUCUUCUUUUCUGUUACUAUAGGUCUUUUCUUCAGACACGAGAGUUCUUUGGUUCAUUUUGCAGAACAACAUUGUGUGAUCCUCUUAGACACCUUUAUUAUAAAUUCAGAUCUGGUGGUGCACUUCCUUAUUCUAGUGUUUCUUCCUCAUCCACCAUUAAUUCUAAUCAACAGUUCUCUAAUGGUGCACAGUCUAAGGUUCCGGUUUAUUUGGGCGGAAUUUCUGUUGUCAUAUGUUUUAUGGUUGCUGUGGUCUCUCUCGCACUUGCACUUUCAGUUGUCCCCCGGCAAGUGAUGCCAUGGACUGGUUUGCUCCUGAUGUAUGAGUGGGCAUUCACAAGCUUCUUUCUGUUAUUUGGAGGUUAUCUCCAUUUGAUUUAUCAAUGGGGAAAGAUGACUGCAAGUCAAGCAGGAUCCUUCGCUUCUCGGCCCGUGUCUGCUGAUUAUGAUUCUGGCAAAGGUCAUCAGCGACAGGUGUCUUCUUGUGAUGCUGCUACAUGGUAUUAUGGGUUAGGAAUGGCAUUUCUAGCAGUUGCUGCUCCCUCUUUGCCAUGUGUUUUUGGUGUCACUGCUCUAUUUUUGAGGUUAGGUUUGAUAGCUGUUGGAGCCUUAAUAUUGGCAUCUUUCAUGACUUACGCUGCAGAGCAUCUUGCAAUUAGGUCAUUCGUGAAAGGCCUUGAAGAUCGAGACACUCCACGGUCAAGAAGUGUAUGUUUUUUAUGUUAAUGAUCUAACGGACAAGUGGCUGUUUCUUUCAAUCUUAAUUUACUUCAAAUUCAUUUCCUUAACUUCGUUUAUUGCCCUAUGUGUUAUUUGUAAAAUAUUGCUAGGGAUUUUGAGUUUGGAAAUGUUAUUUCCACGGGGUUUCCGUGUAAUCUCCUUUGGGAAUCAAUUGGUGAUGAUCUUAAUAUUUGUAUGAGCAUUCCCGAGCCCCUCCGAUCAAUGAGAAAAAGAAAUAGAUGUGUUCUUGAUAA